AUGGCAUUCACUUCUGCUUCGAAACCGCAGCACUUCAUGGAGCUCACUCAAAACCCUCACCACCACCAUCGGUCGCUCCCUCACGAACUCUACCAGCCCAUGCCCAAGCCUCACCUCCUACACGGCGAGGCGAAGAGCUCCGCCGCUUCCGCAGCCCUGCAGAGUGAUGAAGCUAUCAUCUCCCGCCAUCGAACCGCCUCGACCUUUGACACCGAAAGCCAAUCUCCCACCCAAGCAUCCCCAUCUGAUCCUCUAGACCUCACGCGCCGUCUCAAAUCCCGGUCGGAGCUCGAGCACAUGACAGCCAACACAGCCCGGAAGCGGAAUGCAUGUAACCCGCUUCAUUUGGCGGGGCAGUCCCAACAGUCAAAGAUCGCGAAUUUCUACGAGUCACAGAAUGAACAGAUCCAGCGGCUGCUGAAACCUGUCGAUGAGCAUGUGAGAGAAGCAAGAGAUACACAAACAUCGACCCUGCUGCGAUUCCAAAUUGCGGUGUAUGGCUCGUUUGUGGCGAACAUCAUUCUUGCGGUGCUACAGGUGUAUGGCGCUGUUAGUUCAGGCUCGCUGUCCCUGUUUACAACCAUGGCGGAUGCCAUAUUCGACCCCCUUUCCAAUAUCACCCUCAUCUUAUCCAACAAGGCCGUCAACAAAGUCGAUGCUCGCAAAUUUCCCGCCGGGAGAGCACGAAUUGAAACAGCCGGAAACAUUGUGUUUUGUUUCCUUAUGACCGCCGUCUCUUUCAUCUUGAUUGCCUUCUCUGUGCAGGAACUGGCGAGAGGCUCAGAGGAAGAGACCAAGAGGUUCCAUCUCCCGUCUGUUGUUGCUGUGGGCGUUGCGUUCAGCACCAAACUUGGGCUAUUCCUGUACUGCUGGGCACUCAGGAACCAAUAUUCCCAAAUCCGCAUUCUCUGGGAAGAUCACCGUAACGAUCUAUUCAUCAAUGGCUUUGGUGUGUUGACGUCUGUGGGUGGGAGCCGGCUGCGUUGGUGGAUAGAUCCCUCUGGUGCCAUUGUGCUCUCAAUCUUGAUUUCCGUGUUGUGGCUCCAUACCGCAUAUUCGGAAUUUCAGCUCCUCAUCGGUAUCUCGGCCGACACCGAGACACAACAACUCAUCACCUAUGUCUCUAUGACACACUCGGACCACAUCAAACAUAUUGAUACCGUUAGGGCAUGGCAUAGUGGGCCACGAUUGGUGGUGGAAGUGGAUGUCGUUAUGGACCCGGAGGAGUCACUCCGAGUGAGCCACGACAUCGCCGAAGAUCUGCAGAUGAAGCUGGAGAGUCUUCCCAACGUGGAGAGAGCAUAUGUACACGUGGACUAUGAAUUUGAGCAUCGACCGGAGCAUUUCUUGAAAAAGGAAUUAUAG